AUGUUAUCGUCGAUCAGUGAGCUCUUUAGUCAUCACGGGAUGAGUGAUUUCAACGAUUUCGAUACCAAUCUCAACGAGAGCAAGUACUGGUCCGGCGACUUGGUGAACAUUCCGUUUCUCGAUCGCAGUGCCUCGGGAUCACUGCUCGAUCUCGAUGAUUCUCCACCAACGUACGAAGAGUUCUACUCCACCAAGUUCCCGGCCAUGGCGACCAACUACAAUUCGGUGGCGCAACCCAACCAACUCGCUGCUCCAGAGAUUCGUUCGCAAGAUCACCAAACUAUUCCGGAAACUCUCUGGCAAAGGACGACUGGCGUGGCUCCAAUGGUUCCGCCACACAACAGCGAGCCCACCAUGGGUUCACCUUCUUCUGGCAACGGAGAAUCGGUAGCAGCUGGGGCUGGAUUCGGAGCCACAGCCGCCAAACGAUCCCGCACAGCCUUCACAAGCUCUCAGCUAGUCGAACUGGAGAAGGAAUUUCAUUCCAAUCGAUACCUGUGUCGUCCACGGCGCAUCGAACUGACGCGCAAGCUAGCACUAACGGAGCGACAGAUCAAAAUUUGGUUCCAGAAUCGUCGAAUGAAGCAUAAGAAGGAGAGCUCCAAUCUGAAAGAUGUGAACAAAAUGAAAGGACCAUGCCAUUGCGCGGACGGAGACUCUUCGCAUUCACCGAAAGCGUUCUCGCCUUCGUCACCUCAUCGGUUGUAUCCAGCUUCACAUGCUGCCGACGAUGACCGGAACGGACAUCAGAGUAUAGUGAAUCGGUUGAUGGCACACUCGACGUAUGCUCCAAAGCUAGUGCGCCAUAGCAACCACAACAACCACAACAACAACAGCAACCAUGGCGGUCAUUUGUUCCAGCACACAGCAAAACAGCUUCGCUGCCCAGAACCAAUGGCCAGCAAUGAGGAGCAGCUCCCUAUGACGGGAGCGAACUCGGGAGUGCCGGUUUCUUACGCUUCAGGUGCACUUUUUGGCGCCUAUACAGAGAACGAGGAUCUUUUUCCGUGUCAAUCCGGUCUAAUCCUGCCUACCGAGUCAACGGAGGACGACGAGGCAUUUAAGGACCUAGAGAGCUAUGCGUUCCUUCCUUCCAUUCUACAGGCGCUCGAUUCUACCACUUACCCCUUAACGACGCCGAGCUCCGUAACGGCGACAUCGAUUGAUGAAUCACUCAAGGAACAAUCCCAGAUGACUAUGCUGCUGAUGGGAUCGGGGUCGAACGCAUCUUCAAUCGCUCCGAAAGAAGCGAAAGCUACUGUCAACCCUUUGGAUGAGAGCCGGCUUCCUUUCGUCUCCAGCAGUCCCAAUCAAGGCGCUACUAACAGCUGCUCAGCUGUUCCAGCGGAAGGCGACAUCGGCGUCGGCGUUAGCACACCAUCUGUCACGAUCCAGUGGGGCAAUGCGGCCAAUGCGGCUGGCCAAAAGCAGCCCCUCUACAGACCAGAAAUGGGGGACUCGAACAACAACAACAUCCAAAGUGUCAGCAGCAACGCCGCCUUUCUCACAACGCUUCAUCCGCCGCAACACCUUCCAUCAUCAAUUAAACAGCAACAGCAGAUCCUUGGCAGCGGAAUGGGCGAGAACGUAUCGCUGCACGCGGCUUCCGUCACAACAACCCCUGCACCUCUCUGCACCUCCAACGGAGGCAGCAUCUUCCUAGAUCUCUAG